CACACUGGAGAGAAACCUUAUAAAUGUAACCUAUGUGGAAAAGCCUUUGCACAAAACAGUCAUCUCAUAAGCCAUAAAAGAACACACACUGGAGAGAAACCUCAUGAAUGUAACCAGUGUGGUAAAACCUUUGCACAAAACAGUACUCUCAUAAGACAUAAAAGAACACACACUGGAGAGAAACCAUAUGAAUGUAAUGAGUGUGGUAAAGCCUUUGCACUAAACAGUACUCUCUCAAGCCAUAAAAGAACACACACUGGAGAGAAACCUUAUGAAUGUAACCACUGUGGUAAAGCCUUUGCACAAAACAGUCAUCUGGUAAGCCAUAAAAGAACACACACUGGAGAGAAACCUUAUGAAUGUAACCAGUGUGGUAAAUCCUUUGCAGAAAACAGUACUCUAUUAAGCCACAAAAGAACACACAGUGGAGAGAAACCUUAUGAAUGUAACCAGUGCGGUAAAGCCUUUGCACAAAACAGUGCUCUCAUAAGCCAUAAAAGAACACACAGUGGAGAGAAACCUUAUGAAUGUAACCAGUGUGGUAAAGCCUUUGCACAAAACAGUGCUCUCAUAAGCCAUAAAAGAACACACAGUGGAGAGAAACCU